GUCACAAUUUUCUUAUUCAGUAACUCUCCGCGGUGACAUUCAUUAGUACUUUUGAAAAUAUACUCUUCCCCCCCUGUUGUACAGACAGUAAAUUGCUCUUUGAAGAUGAAGUGGACAUUAAUCCUCAUCUUUGGUUGCUUGGCUGAGACUACUCUGUGCUGGACGUAUCACUACUCAAACAAGACAAUGAACUGGACCCAGGCCAGAGAGUGGUGCCAGAAAUAUUUCACAGACAUGGUGGUCAUCCAAAACCAAGCGGAGAAUGAUUAUCUGGUCUCCAUCCUGCCACAGAAAAGAAGCUCCCCAUAUUUCUGGAUUGGAAUCACUAGAAACCAUAUGAAUGAAAGCUGGAUUUGGAUUGGGAAUAACAGCACGUGGAUUGGUAACAAUUCAUGGGCACCAAAUGAACCAAAUAAUGUCCAUGCAACAGAGUUUUGUGUAGAGAUCUACACUAACACAGGAGAAAAUCAAGGGAAGUGGAACGAUGAGAAAUGUAGCAAAUCAAAAUAUGCAGCGUGUUUUAAAACCCAGUGCAAUGAAUCAUCCUGUGAAAGAGGAAGAUGCCAGGAGGCAAUCAACAGUACAACCUGCCUCUGUGAACAUGGUUUUAAGGGAGACAGGUGCCAAACACCUGUGGAAUGCCUCCCUCUCUCUGAGCCUUAUAAUGGAUACCAUAGCUGCUCAAGAGGAAAUCAAACCUUCAACACGACCUGUCGAUUAAAGUGUCACCCUGGCUUCUUCAUAAAUGGCUCGUCAUUUGUCACUUGUGAAGACACUGGGGACUGGAGUGGGCCGAGACUUACUUGUGCAGUUACUGUUACCACUGAUUAG